AUGUACAAGAUUAUAGCUUUAUUAGUUGUAGCACUCAUCUCAUUGGGAUGUGUCUCUUCAUUCAUGUUUGAAGUCAGACCAGCUGAAGAAAAGUGUAUGAUUGAAGAAUUCAGAAAGGACACUCUUGUCAGUGGCAAGUUUGAAGUAUCUGAUCGUCUCUCAAAGAACGUGGACUACCCAACUGAAUUGGUUAUGGCUAACAUGCAACUCAGAUUCUAUAUUCGUGACCCAACUCAACAAUUAUUGUUUGAUAAUCAUGAUGCCAAGAAUGGUCCAUUUGCCUUUACUGCCCAAGAUGGUGGUGAAUAUUACUUCUGUUUCACUGAUAACUACAAGCCACAUGCAUCUGUUAUGCCAUUAAGCAGAACUGUUUCAUUGGAAAUCAAGACUGGUGCCGACGCAAACGAUUACACUGAUUUGAUGAACAAGGGACACUUAAAGUUGUCAGAAGUCGAACUUAAAAAGAUUGAAGACUCUGUCGACAAGAUCAAGGAAGAAGUGUUGUACAUGAAGACUAGAGAAGAGACAAUGAGAAAUACCAACGAAUCCACCAAUGCUAGAGUUGCUUGGUUGGCCGUCUUUUGUAUUAUCGUCCUCAUUGGAACUGGUGCCUUCCAAAUCAACUAUUUGAAGAGAUAUUUCAAGCAAAGAAAACUUAUUUAA